AUGGAGCGUAUCGGGAGCCUCGGAGACGGCGGCAAAUGGAUAUGCGGCACGUCACAAUACUCGAAAGUCGAGAGCUGCCCUCUUAUAGUCUACAGCUUUGGCGUGGGCACGGACUCAUCGUUCGAAGCGGAGCUGAUUAACAUGACAAACGCGCAAGUCUACGCCUUCGAUUAUUCGGUGGAAAGAAUCGGGCCUCAAAUAGCCGAAAAGGACUCGUCUCGUGUCCAGUUUAUGAAAAUUGGUCUGGGCGACCAGGACGCAUUAGUUGACGGUCAGCGUUUUCUUACGCUUCAGUCGAUAAUUUCGGCAUUUGGGCAUCAAUAUAUCGACAUAUUGAAGAUGGAUAUUGAAGGAGCAGAGUUCAAGGCGCUUGAUGCGUUCAUGGAAACUUACAAGGGUAAGGAUCUUCCUGUUGGUCAGAUAUUGAUCGAGAUACACCUUUGGGCCGCACCUCAGAACGUGCGCGACCUGGUUAAAUGGUGGAAAAAGUUGGAAGCUUUUGGGCUGCGCCCGGUCUGGCAGGAAUCCAACUCUCUGGGUGUCAUUCUGGGUCCCAGGUAUCCAUGUUGUUUUGAAGUAAGUCACAAUCCUUAG